CAAAUAAACAUAUACAACGUAACUGACAUCGUGAUGGAACGCGAUCGGAAAUCGACAUUUACCUAGAUGUUUGUAAUACUCGACAUGGUACCCGAAUUUAGAUAAGGAACAACAUGGAAACACCGACGAAGAAGCUUAUAGACGAUGUCGAUUCUUACGGAACAUUUCCAGAAUAUUCUGUUGACGUAAAUUCAGAUGGUCACGUGAUCAAUCGAAAUGGGAGCGUCAGUCCCCAUCUACCUUACGUGAAUACGGAGGAGGUUGUAUCGGUUAAGACCCACGUUUACAAGCGGAGAUGGUAUGUGCUGUUGAUCUUCUCCCUAGUGGCUGCUGUCCAAGGCGGGUACUGGAACACGUGGGGUCCUAUAGCGGCAUCUACAGAGGAGGCGUUCGGCUGGGACGACGCCGAUAUCGCCCUGCUCAGCAACUGGGGACCCAUAGCUUACAUCAUAUCAGCCGUAUUCUUUGCCUGGGUUAUCGACUGUCAAAGGUACUUAAAUACCCCAGUUAUGGAGUCUCGACAUAAUUGUUUAUAUCUUUACACAGGUAUCAGGAUAUCUGUGUUGGUAGCGAUAUUUCUUGUAGCAGCAGGAGCUGGAAUCAGGUGUAUCACAAGUGAACCGCCCUACGUCAAAUGGACAGUUCACACAGGACAAUUAUUGAAUGGUUUAGGAGGCCCAGUUGCCAUGGGAUUACCUCCAGUGUUGUCGGCCACGUGGUUUCCGCCCCACGAGAGGACAACUGCCACGGCCAUUUCCCAAAUUCUAAAUGGUUUGGGGGUCGGUGUGUCCUUUAUCAUAGGACCGUAUCUUGUUCCGGACAAACCACCAGACAACACCAACUCAUCGCUUCACAACAAUAGCUAUUCUACUACUACCAGACCAAACACGACGGACAUAUCAGCUCGUGUCACAAACGAACGAAGUGAAAUAAUGUUUCUGUUAUACAUAGAAUUUGGAUUCGCAGCGUUCAUAUUUCUCCUGUCACUUGUGUACUUUCCUGAUAAACCACUACUACCUCCAUGUCCAACGGCAUCCAUCGAGAGGCUCGAGUUCAAGAAAGGGCUGUCACAGUUACUCAGGAAUUUUAAAUUUUGGAUGGUAUGUCUAACAUACGGAGUGUCACUGGGAGUGUUCAACUGUUGGCAGAGUGUUCUGGACGUCAACUUAAAACCGCAUGGCAUAUCUGAGAACGAGGCAGGAUGGCUUGGGUUUUACGGGACAUUAGCAGCAUCACUGACGUGUGUUAUUGUAGCGAGAUUUUCUGACGUUUUUACCAAGCACAUGCGUCUGUUCCUUGUGAUCCUAUACGUAGGUGGCGCUCUGGCCAUGGCCUGGUUCACCAUCAUCGUCAAUGGCUACAUACCAAACUCCACAACGUCUUUGUACGUAUCAAUCAUCCUUGGGACACUCCUCCUGAACGCUUCGCCACCACUUUACUAUGAAAUGGCAUGCGAGAUCACCUACCCUGUGGCCGAAGGCAUUACAAACCUCUGGCUGACCAUGAUGAACAAUGUUGGAGGUCUGAUUUUUCUGUUAGUGCAGAUGGUUCCCAAUAUAGGUACAAGUUGGGAGAACUGGUGUGUGAUCGGAGCUGUGGUGGUAUGUAUACCUGUGUUGUGUACUAUGGACGAACGCUACAACAGGCUAGAAGUGGACGAAAGAUCAGGCAAGGACUAACAGAUGUGGGAAAACGUCUACAUACGGGUUAUUAGAGGACAUCACUCACUAUCAUUACGUCGUCCGAACCCCAGCUAACGAACAGACAUUGUUAACUAUGAUCGGUCAGUGUACCACAUCUCAAUGUGCCAUAUAACAGGCCUAUUUUCUAAUUAUUGAACGACUUUUAUGAAGCCCUGUAAAGGAGUAUAGAGCGUGUGUACUGUAGGACACCCUACAGUGUGUUUCCUAUCACACCGUCUCAGUAGUCAAUACGCUCUGGAGUUCAAUAUAAUACAAAUAGAAUUUACACUGUUUGCAAAAUGUCCAUACAUCAUGUUUGACACAUACGAUGUAUGGUGUGUAGAGUUAUAUUGCUUGAUGCAUAGAAUGAUAACAUUUCUGUUUGUUUUCUGACACGGGGGUAACUUUAAACCUAUUUGAAUAUAGUUUUGAGUAUUGUUAUUAAUUAAAUUACUAUUCUUGUUAUCGUAUUAACAUUAUAUUUGAGAACUCUAAUUAAGUUUAGAAUUAAUUGAUUCGCACAUUAAAAUGUACAAACUAUCA